UGUUGGUUUGGUGCCCUCCCUGCCUGUCAGAGUUCAGGCUCUUUCUCAGUUGCUAUCUGUGUCUCUUUGGGGCUUAGGGUGGUCUGCCCUUUAAGCCCCUUGGAUUUCUGUGGGGUGGGGCUUUCAUGAUUUUCUUCCCAGUAGUCCAGUGAAGCUGUUGUUGAGGAGUACAUCUCACCCUAGUGUGUCUUGUAGAUUAGUUAAAAUUAAUGCUCUCUUACCCUAGCUUUGAACCCAGCAUCAACCUUUCUACCUGAAGACCCUUAAUCUUGGUCUCUACUCUUCAAGGAAGGAGCUCAGACUUUUAGAAUCUGAUAAGGGUGGACAUGGCGGAAAAACUGGGACUUGUGGCUGCUACAGAUGAGCCCAAUGCCUUGAAUAUUCUCUCUCUCCUGGAACGUGUGGCUGGUAUCAUUGACAAUGUGCAGGCAUGCCAGCAGCGCAUGGAAGAGAGACAGUUGGAGUUGGAGAACAAUGUGAAAACUAUCCAAGAAGAUGUAGUAAAAUUGACCAAGGAGCACACCACUACCAGUGGUACUGUGGAAAAGCUACUGGAGAAAACACGAAAAGUUAGCUGCCACAUUAAGGAUGUGCGGGUCCGUAUAGAAAAGCAAAAUAUACGUGUCAAGAAGGUAGAGGAAACACAGGCUGAGCUGCUAAACAAAAACAAGUUCCGUGUGGUAAUAUACCAGGGUGAUACUGAGGUCCCAGCUGUACCAGGCCCAAAGGACACCCCAAAAGGAGCAGCAGGGGGUGAUGCAUCUGCUGAUCCAGCUGCACCUGAGACCUUAAUUCCUGACUCAGAUGAAGAAUACAUGGUUGUUGAAGAGGCUGACUCCACAGCAGCCAAGUUGAAGAAGACUGGCCUGAAGCGUAUUGAGAGUCUGAAGAAUACAUUUUCCCGUGAGAACAUGACCAAGACCAAGGAGAAUCUCGGAAGCAAGGUUAAUAAGCUGGGUGAGCGCAUUGUGACAGCUGAGCGCCGUGAGAAGAUUCGGAUGUCAGGUGAACAACUGAAACGAUCUGGAGAGCGCUUCAAAGAAACCAUAACCAAAAAUGUCCCAGCAAAGCUGAACCUGAAGAAGGAGAGAACUGUGGCUGAGGGUCAGGAGGGGGCCGAGGGUACCACAGAGGGCAUAGUACCUAUUCCACCACCUAAGGGGCGUAAAUCCAAUCCAGAAGCAGCUUACACAGAGUCCACACAAAAGCAGGAAGGAGGAGAAGUGGGCAAAGCAGAAGAGUCGAAAGUGCCAACAUUUGACAUGAAAGAGCUUUCAUAAGCGGCAAGUCAUUGGACAAAAAGGAAUGUUUGCAGGUUUGCGUCAUGUUUGAGAAAUGUACAUUUCCUGAUGAGAAGGCUGAAGAUGGACUUGUACCUGGUGGUAAAAACUCGGGCCAGUCAGACAGAUCGAGCAGCCCGUGUGCCAGAAAUUUAUUGCUGGAUGGUAACCUGAAGGAAUGAAUAAGGGAAGUCACUUAGCAUAAACCUUAUGAAUGAAUUUAGCUAUUUUUACACUUAGUAUGGACUUGGACAUAUUUCAAUGAUAACAUAUUUUAAUAAAAAUGGUUGUUUAAUGAUUAACCUGAAAAAAGCCAGAGGUAAUUAGCACAGUUGGGCGUUGGAUUAUUCUUAGCCUACUCUAGUGUUAGAUUUUGCAUGCAACAUUUUGUGUUACUGUAUUGUACUUAUUGUGUUACUCUAUUGCACUGUACUUAUGUUUUACUAAUCUUGAUGAUCUCACCUAGCUAUUUGAAAUAAACAAAGUCAACUCAAUCAGGUGGUUUCUAAGAAGUCUUCUAAAAUGACAGCUAUACAGUGUUUUAUUUUUGCUUCAUUUUUGGGCUUCAAAGCAUGUUUUUAUGCAUGUUAAAAUCUUUUUCUACUAAAAGCUGUGUAUUAAGUGAUACAAAAUACAAUCAAUUAUAAUACUUGUGUCAUUUUACAUACAAUAUUU